GACGGAGCAAUUGGGCUGGAGAACAAUAGCGGCGCUGGAAAACAAUGGAGCUGCCGCACCUUGGCGCGUAGGGAUGCGGGAAGGACGCGGGGAAGGGAUCCCAGCCCCGGAGUAGCGCCUGGGCCGGAGCCCCCAUCGCCAGCACCGCGAAGGAUCAGCCGGGACGGGCUCAGCUCCCAUGACAGGAGUGUGGGGGGAUGGAUUACGGAGGUGGAGAGGACCUGGUUCCCUGUGGGAAAGAUAAAUUCAUCUCCAAGAAUGAGCUGCUCCUGCACCUGAAGACCUACAACAUCUACUACGAGGGGCAGAACCUGCAGCUGCGGCACCGGGAGGAGGAAGGGGAGCUCAUCGUGGAGGGGCUGCUGAACAUCUCCUGGGGGCUGCGGCGCCCCAUCCGCCUCCAGAUGCAGGACGACAACCAGCGCAUCCGCCCGCCCCCCUCCUCCUCCUCCUGGCACUCAGGGUGCAACCUGGGAGCCCACGGGUCCGUGCUGAAGCCCAGCACCCUGCCCGACAUCCAGGUGACGGAUGCAGAGGCCACACCCAACACGGAGGCUCCCGGGAAUGGCACAGCCCCCAGGCCGGCGGAGGAUGCCCCGCAGCUGAUGCGGACGCGGAGCGAUGUGGGCGUGAGGCCCCGCGGCAGCGCCCGCACGGCCGGCGAGCAGCGGCGCAUCCGCCGGCACCGCUUCUCCAUCAACGGCCACUUCUACAACCACAAGACCUCCGUGUUCACGCCCGCCUACGGCUCCGUCACCAACGUGCGCAUCAACAGCACCAUGACCACCCCCCAGGUCCUAAAGCUGCUGCUCAACAAAUUCAAGAUCGAGAACUCGGCGGAGGAGUUUGCCCUGUACAUCGUCCACACCAGCGGAGAGAAGCAGAAGCUGCGGGGCAGUGAUUACCCCCUGAUCGCCCGGGUGCUGCAGGGCCCCUGCGAGCAGGUCUCCAAGGUUUUCCUCAUGGAGAAGGACCAGGUGGAGGAGGUCACCUAUGACGUCGCUCAGUACAUCAAGUUUGAGAUGCCCAUCCUCAGGAGCUUCAUCCAGAAGCUGGAGGAGGAGGAGGAUCGCGAAGUGAAGAAGCUGAUGCAAAGGUACACCAUCCUCCGGGUGAUGAUCAAGCAGAGGCUGGAGGAGAUCUCGGAAGGUCCGACUGCGAUGUGAGACCCUUGUGCCUGCAGGAUGUACUGUACCAAAUCCCAAAGCCCCAGCGCUCCCAGAACAUUCCCAGUGUCCUCCUGGAUCGCUCCAGCUCUGAGCCUUCAUCAGCGUAGCGUCCUCGGGAGGUUCCUCCUCGGCGCGCGGGGCUCUUCCCAGCACGGCUCUGGCUGGUGGCAGCUUCAGCCAAAACCUCAGAUCCCUGGAAAACACACAGGGAAAAACAGGGGAGGGGAAAAAGAAAAAAAAAGAAAAGAAAAAAAUUUAAAAAAGAGAGAGGAAAUCCAUGAGCAGCACAACGAGGGCGUUCCAGAGAGGGAAUUUGGGGCUGAGUUUGGGGACGCCCACGCAGAGAAACGCACUGCUCGGUGGCAGGAGAGCACAAAUGAUCAAAUCAUUCCUCUCUCUUUUUUUCUUUUUCUUUUUUUUUUUUUUUGUUUUUUUUCCUCCCCCCCCUUAAGAAAAGCACAUUUCUCUUUGCAAUAAUUCGCAGGUGACGGGAAGGUUUUUGUAAAUCCAAAGGGUUGACUGAGAUUUUUCUCGGUGGGGGAGGUUUAACCCUGGCCCGGUGGAUUUUCCAGCACGGGAGUAAAUCUCGUUUUUCCCUCCACCUUCCCCAAACCUGCACCCGGUCGCAUCAUCCCCCUCCCUCCCCCUUUCUAAUUUGCACUAAUAUUAGGGAUUUUUAAGGAAACCGUGAUGUCAAACCUCUCUGGUAGCUGUAAAUGCCAAAUAGCACUCGCAGGGAUAGUUGGGGGCAUCUCAAGGGAUGCUGGAUGGAAAGGGAGGGAGACAGGAGGAGGAGGAGGAGACAGAAAUAAAGAGGAUUUUAUUUUCCAAAUCCAUCUUCCAGCAGUGCCAGCACAUUAUCCUGGUGAAACCAGACUGGCUCUGUUACCACCAUCACCUGGAAAAAACCUCUUUCCUCCCAGGCUAAACCAGCAAUACCAAUUUUAUACCUCGGCGUGAACUAAAACUCUGACUUUCUCCCUCCCUUUGAGUUUUUGCAAUGUAUCUUUGUAAUUUUUUUUUUUAAAUUUUAAUUUUAAUGGUACCUUUUCCACCUCUAACAAGUGUUCAGGAAAGUGUUGUACAGCGAGAGGAGCCUUUUCUGUGUUUGAAGGAUGAUUGUGGCAUUGCUGCGUGGAUUAACAAGAAAAUAAAAUAUGUAGCAACUUAAUACAGAAUAAAAA